UAUCCGGUGAAAGUACUGCAGCAGACUGGAGUAAAGCUCCACAAACACAUUUCUGAACCUCGCGAAUAUAACUGAAAAAAGACGAAAUGGAUGUAACCGAACAGAUCAACCAGUUGGAGGCAGAUUCUUUGGAGCUGGGGUCACUUUUGGAGAAGGCGGAGAGAAAAAGAGUGCAGGAUGUGCUCAAGCAGGAGCAGACGAAGGUGGAAAAGGAGCUCGCGGUCAAACGACAACUAAAGGAAAAACAAGCCAGGAGAGAGGCAGACGCAUCUGCUACCUCUAAAGCAGCAUACACGGUCAAGAUCAACAACUAUGCCUGGGAUCAGUCGGAAAAAUUCGUCAAAAUAUAUCUUACAUUGAAGGAUGUGCACAAAAUUCCAUCAGAAAAUGUGGAGGUCAACUUUACAGAAAGGUCUUUUUCUGUGUUGGUAAAGGAUCUCGAUGGGAAAAACCAUCAGAUGACAAUCCUCAAGCUGUUGUCUCCAAUCGAUGCAAAAGACAGCUAUAAAAAGAUAAAAACAGACAUGGUCCUGGUCAUGUGCAAGAAGCAGACGACAAAGAAGUGGGACUGUCUAACAACGGUGGAAAAGCAGGCUAUAGACAAAGAUAAACCCAAAGUUGAGGAGAAUGCAGCAGACCCAAGCGAUGGUCUGAUGAACAUGCUCAAGAAGAUUUACUCCGACGGAGAUGACGAGAUGAAGAGAACCAUCAACAAAGCCUGGUCAGAGUCCCAAGAGAAGAAAGUUCGUGGAGGAGGAGGAGGGGAAGGAGACAUGAUGGACCUCUGAUCUCCACUCGCUUGCGUGUCCUCAGUAGCACAUAGUGAGAGCUGCCAGGGAUGCAUUUGACCUGACUUGAAUAUGUUACGAGUCAAAUAUAUGAAUCAUAUUUUCACAAUCUAGAAAUUACAGCUCACGAAUACAGUUUUGGGGAUUCACUUCGAAACCCAGGAUGGCCUAAUUUUGUCUUGGCUUUUAAAUGUCCCGGAACGUAAUGCGGAAAACUUACAUUAACUUGGGUGGAAAACGGCUGAACAAACAUAAGGGCGGUGUCCAACAAAUGGCUCCUGUGACCCAAAGAGAAACGGCAUCAUCGGUCACUCUGUCAUACAGGACCACAAUGCAGUUGUCCUGGAGAACGUCUGUUAGUUAGUCAUAGUUUAAAUCGGACCGGGGUUCAUCAAAUACGGGAGAUGUGCUCUGUAAGGUCUCAUCUUAAUGUUCCUUCGCAGCUAACCGGAGAUGAAGAUGUUUCGAGUGUACAUUUGUCAAAGUCAUGCUCGGAUUCAUUUUAAUGAGGAAAACCACAAGGUCGUUCUGACUGACUUAUGGCAGCCUUCUUGUUGUUUGUCAUUCCAUAAAAAGCUCAAACGAUCGCUCCAGAGAGAAUUGUGCUCGUACAUCAGUCCAGUGUAAUAAAGAACGUUCCUACAUAGGUCUGUUUGACGUUUAAUGUGUUUGACCCUUUCCUGUUGCAUAUGUGAUGCUCUCAAACACUUAGUAAUUCCUUCAUGUGACUGCUGCAUUGUCAUUGUGUUGACAGUUUACCACUAUAUUUACAUUAUCACUGUUGAAAUUGUCUACUUCCCUCCAGCAUGGGUGAAUACCUAAAAUGUAUGUUUUACUUAUGUUGAUUAUUUUACCAGGGCUUUUGUUUUAGUCGUACAUGUAUUGUUGCCCGCCCUCAGGUUGUUCAUGAUGUUCUCACCAAUAUAUUUCUUGAACCGAG